AUGUCGGACGAGAACAGUCCGCGAAGUCCAACUUCGCCGCUCACAACAACAAGCAACACCAGUAGGAAGCAGACAGUAUCGUCACCAGGGACCACGACUUCACCAGCACCCUCGGGACAUUCCUUUAAGCGCGCUGUGACGGUAGACGAGACAUCUCAGAUGCGGCGACGGCCACCUUUCAGCCAUAUUCCUACAGAGAACUCGUUCGCCGAGAGAGGCCUUGGGAGGAGGAGAAGUUCGACCUUGUCGGACUACAGCUUUGGCGAUGCGAGAGACUUGCUGAACCCUAGGCCUGGAGAUGGUACACCGUCAACAUCAAUGGACGACAUGUCCAACUGGGCCUCGGUUCCUUUGGCAUUUGCCCUCUUACCAGCCGUCGGUGGUCUACUUUUUAAGAAUGGCAGCGCCGUUGUGACGGACGUCAUGUUGUUGGGCUUGUCGGCCGUGUUCCUGCACUGGUCCGUGACACAUCCAUGGAAUUGGUAUCACUCGGCGCAAGCAGUGCGUGUUCGGGCAGAGAUCAGCACGAGCGCCGUAAUUGACGAUGAGAGCGAGACGGAGCAGGCAGUCGGAAGUCCCUCGCCGACAGCAUCGACGGCUAACGGCCACACGGGGAACGGGAAUGUGGACGAAGCGUCCGAAGUACCCACAACGCCCACUUCCUUCGUACAGGAACGAGUACGGAAGACGCCGACGACGACGACGCCAAGAAACAAAAAGGAGGACGCAAUGGCUGAGCUCUGGGUGCACGAGAUACUGGCUUUGGUAUCUUGCUUCAUGUUUCCCAUGCUGGGUGCGUAUUUGCUGCAUGCCAUCCGCGCCCAGCUUAGCCGGCCCUCGGAGGGACUGGUUUCCAACUACAAUUUGACCAUCUUCCUCUUGGCGGCGGAGGUACGGCCAAUUUCACACCUUAUGAAACUCGUGCAGUGCAGGACUAUUCAACUGCAGCGGGACGUCCACGUGAACCCGUACAAGGACGACGGCGCCACGUCAGAUCAGAUGAGAGUGCUCAAGGCACGGUUGGAAAUGUUGGAGUCACGGCCUGAGCCGAUACCGAUGAAGCACAACGGGAACUCGGACAGUUCCAAGGUCAAGCAAGAGGCCGCCAUUGCCCGCGAUGUUCGCAACGCCAUCCAGCCCGAUCUGGAUGCGCUGAAUAGGGCUGUGCGACGAUACGAGAAGAAGGCAACGGUACUCGCAUUCCAGACCGAAUCACGCUUCGCGGCAGUCGAUACCCGCCUGAAUGAUGCCAUCGCACUCGCGGCAGCAGCAGCCAAGAACAGUGUUGCCCGGCCGGGCUUCAUGCAGUGGCUAGUCGAGUCCGUGUGGGCCAUUAUCAUGAUGCCCUUUUUUGCCGUGGUUGCUCUGUUGGUGCUACCGUUCAAGACGGUUCGUGGUUUGCUCAAGCGUAAGAAGAAGUCCCUUCCGGAAAGAACGUCAAAGUCCAGUCGCAACGGGAAGGGCAUGGGUCACGGGAGGAUGGCUGCAGACAGGCAACCGAGCCGCGUCUCAAAGAGAUGA